ACGGGUAGCCACAACGGCAGCGCCACUAGAAACGUGACGAACAUGAAUAUGUAUGAGCAGGCCGAGUACGUAUAUUUCGACGCUGGGUUGAUACGAACAAGUGAUGAGACUCGUCAAACAGGUUCUCUUCUCCGCACCCAUCGGUGCACAUGUCGUUCCCCCAGUCUGCAAGGACAGGCUCGGACCUGCAGGCACCCCUGCCUUCGUUGUCUUCGCCGUCGGCGUCACCGAGCCAGUACAGCUGGAGCACGGACCAGAUCCCUACGUUCGAGCGCGACUUUGUACGUGCUCGGCUUCCCUAAGGAUGUGAUGUGUGCUUACGUGAUUGGCCAGUGUUCUGACUUUACGUGCUGUGGACUUGCGUUGAAUGAUCUGCACGAGCUGAUUGACCACUUUGAGGAGUCGCAUGUGCUCGUCGUCGACGCUGACGGCAACCCGCUCUACCCGGC